AUGGUAAAGGUGAACGUUAUCAGCCGCUCUGAUUUGGAGUGGACCAAGGAUCGGAACGGUGAAGUUCCGAGGGUAAAUCGUAAUUUUGACAGCAAAUACAAUCCCAUGGCGAAGCAGGUGGAGUUCACGCGUGCAAUCAGGGCAGCAAAACUCGAUCGUAUGUUUGCGAAACCAUUUUUUGGUGCUCUUAGCGGCCACCAGGAUACAAUUCAGUCGAUUGCUGUGGAUUUUACCAAUUUGUCUACUGUCGUUAGCGGGUCUGUCGACGGCGGUAUGAUUGUUUGGGAUGCUUUCACGAAGAGACCCAAAGUGAUUGUGGAUGCCCACCGACACUCAAUCGACGGACUUGUGAUAUCUCCUGAUGGGGUGGCAUGUUUUAGCGCUUCCCGGGACAAGGUGGUUAAGAUGUGGGACCUUGAUUUUUCUUCGGAUAGCUCCAAAGUAGAACCCCUGGCGGAGUACCUUGGGGAGUUUCCGUUUUCUUCAAUUGAUCAUCACUACCAGAAAUCACAGUUUGUCACAUCGUCCGAUGUGGUGCAUGUAUGGGACGUCAACAGAACACAACCUCUUCAACGGUUUUCGUGGGGGGAUGACACGGUUUCGUGCUGUCGCAUUAAUAAAGUAGAGACGAAUCUGGUUGCAUGUUGUAUGUCCGAUCGAGGUGUGUUUAUAUAUGACACCAGAACCCAGGCGGCCCACUCCAAGGUUGUUUUGGAGAUGUGUUGCACGAGUUUAGCAUGGAACCCGAUGGAUCCGAACACUUUCGUCACAGGAAGUGACGACCGGAAUUGUUACCUAUUUGAUAUGAGGAUACCGGGACGCCCAAAGAAUGUUUUCCAGGGGCACAUUGCCGGUGUGACGUCUGUUGACUUCUGUCCCACAGGGAAAAAGUUCGCAGCGGGAUCACUUGAUUUUACGCUUCGUAUUUGGGAUAUUCACCAGACAACCAAAUCGAACUCUAUUGAAAUGUUUCACACGAAGCGCAUGGCGAAAGUAUUUUCGGUUAAAUGGUCCCCGGAUAGCAGAUAUUUAUAUAGUGGAAGCGAGGAUGCUAUCCUUCGCAUUUGGAAGGCAGACGCAAGCAAGCCCAUCCGACCUUUGCGAGGACCGGAGAAGAACACGUUUAACUAUAUGCGUUCAUUAAAGGAUAAAUAUUCUGGGUUUGUAGAAGUGAGAAGGAUUACUAACCAACGGAAUACACCUAAAGCCAUCCGCAGUGCCCAGAGGCGUAGUAAGAAGGCUGAGAAGAGAGAAAUGGUGAAGGAGGCAUCACGAAGAAAGUCUGAUGACAUAAAGCCUUUGGCAAAGCGCAAGGUUUAUCAGUAUCUGAAGUAG